AGAGAAAUCGCUCACUCGUUGUUGAGACUCGCUUCGAAGCAGCAGCAGCAGCAGAUAUGUCUGGCCGAGGCAAAGGCGGCAAGGGGCUCGGCAAGGGUGGCGCCAAGCGUCAUCGCAAGGUCUUGCGUGACAACAUCCAGGGCAUCACCAAGCCUGCCAUCCGUCGUCUGGCGCGCCGUGGUGGUGUCAAGCGCAUCUCUGGCCUCAUCUACGAGGAAACUCGCGGUGUUCUCAAGGUGUUCCUCGAGAACGUGAUCCGCGACGCCGUCACCUACACCGAGCACGCAAAAAGGAAGACCGUGACGGCCAUGGACGUCGUGUACGCCCUCAAGCGUCAGGGCCGCACCCUAGUCGUUCCAGCACUCGUUGUGAUCGGACGCGCCAUGGCCCGAACGAAGCAAACCGCGCGCAAGAGUACCGGUGGCAAGGCUCCGCGUAAGCAGCUUGCUACCAAGGCUGCUCGCAAGAGUGCCCCUGCCACAGGCGGGGUUAAGAAGCCUCAUAGAUAUCGCCCUGGUACCGUGGCCCUGCGUGAAAUUCGCCGUUACCAGAAAUCGACCGAACUUCUGAUCCGCAAGCUUCCCUUUCAGCGCCUGGUGAGAGAAAUCGCUCAGGACUUCAAGACGGACCUCCGUUUCCAGAGUUCUGCCGUGAUGGCCCUUCAGGAAGCUAGCGAGGCCUACCUGGUUGGCCUUUUCGAAGACACCAACCUGUCAGCAGCAGCAGAUAUGUCUGGCCGAGGCAAAGGCGGCAAGGGGCUCGGCAAGGGUGGCGCCAAGCGUCAUCGCAAGGUCUUGCGUGACAACAUCCAGGGCAUCACCAAGCCUGCCAUCCGUCGUCUGGCGCGCCGUGGUGGUGUCAAGCGCAUCUCUGGCCUCAUCUACGAGGAAACUCGCGGUGUUCUCAAGGUGUUCCUCGAGAACGUGAUCCGCGACGCCGUCACCUACACCGAGCACGCAAAAAGGAAGACCGUGACGGCCAUGGACGUCGUGUACGCCCUCAAGCGUCAGGGCCGCACCCUGUACGGAUUCGGAGGCUAAGCAAGCAGCGUCGUCGCUCGCCUGCAAGCAAGAACCCAACAGCCCUCUUCAGGGCUACC